GCAGGCAGCCAGCUUGCCCCAUCCCGAGCACUGGAGGAGACGCCGGCUUGCACCACACCUCGAGCUGCGCAGACCAGAUCCAACAUGAGGGCUGCCUUCCUGGUGCUGCUCCUCUGGGCCGUCGCCUGCGCUCACCCCGUGCCCGGCCACGAGCCCCCCCGCCACAGCGCCCAGCAGGAGGACACAGCAGGCGAAGAUUACACCAACAAGUUGGGCAACCUCCUGGGCGGUGGAGAUGGCAGACUUCCUCCAGUCGCUGCUGAGAGAGGGGACAAUGCCCUUGCCAGGGACCCGGAGGGUGGGAACGCCGUGGCUGAGGAGCUGGGCAAGCACGGUGGCCAAGACAAAGGAGGCAGAGCUGGGGAGGCUCAGCACCUGAACCAGGUGGACCAUGAGGAUGCAAGUGCCCAUGAUGGGAAUGGCCUUGGUUUCCUGGAGGAGGAUGCACGUGAUGCUGAUGAUGCUGACAAUGGAGAGCACCACGGCACUGGAGUCAACGGGCUUUCCUCCCACACCGGUGGCCUCCUGGAUGAGGAGGAUGACAGUGGAGAUGACACUUUUGAUGAGAACGGGGAAGAGGAGGGGGGUGAAGGUCCUACUUACGUGGCUGGUACUGAUGGGGCCGACGAACAUGACCACGACGGUGGCCGUGGGGAUGCUGGGGCUGGCAGAGGGCACGGUGACAGCAGCAGCAGUAGCAGCAGCGAGAGCACUGGGGCAGACCACCGGCGUCAGUCAGAAGAGCCUGCCACCAGCCAGUCAGAGGAAAACAGCACCAGCCGCUCUGGGGAGGACGAGGAUGGGGAGGACAGCCCCUCCACGCAGAGCGAGGGCAGCAAGUCCAGGGAGGGCGCUGACGACCAGUCAGACGAAGAGCCGGGGGAGUCCCCGGAGGAUGCCUCCCAGGAGGUGGUGAGCACGUCGAGCGAGCGCACCGGCAGCUGGUCCCAGGAAGGGCAGGAGGACCGGGAGUCUGACGAGGACACGAGCGCACCGUCUGCGCCUGACAGCGAGUCCAGGGAAGACAAGGGUGACCAGAGCAAGUCUGGGGAAGAUGAUGGUGACCAGAGCCAGUCCACAGAGGACACUGCGGAGGAGUCAAAGGAGGAUGAGAAUGACUCCGACCCUGAUGGGGACGUGCCGAGCACAUCAGCCGAGAGCCAGAGCGCGUCCCCGGAGGAUGACGGCAGUCCAGAGGACAAUGCAGGCGAGGACAGCAGGUCCACAGAGAGCAACACCACCGAGUCCCGGGAGGACAAUGACGAUGAGGAGAGCCACUCCCAGGAGGACGCCACCCGCGAGUCCAGCAGCCAUGGGGAUGACAGCUCGCCGCAGAGCCUGGAGAGCGGGAGCCGCAAACGGCGGCCGGGCGCCUACCGCAACAAGCCUGCUGCCGACUACGAUGACAACGACUGCCAGGACGGGUACUGA